AUGGAGGAUAUAGCAGCAGCAGCAGCAGCAGAAGCAGCAACAGCAGCAUCAGCAGCAGCAGCAGCAUCCAACACAACUGCUCAGCUGCAACACCCUACAACGGGGGCCCCUGGGGCAUGCUUUGGGGGCCCCCCUCCGGGUUCAUCCUCAGGGGGCCCCCCUGAGGGUCCCCCACUGCAUGCAUCAGACGGGGCUGCGGUGCAUGCACAGGGCUUUGAGGGCCCUUUGGGGGCCCCUUUGGGUACUGGAGACCCCUCGGGGGGCCCCCAGGGGGCCCCCUUAGGUACUGGGGCCCCCCUUGGGGGCCCCAUGGGUACUGAGGGCCCCUUGGGGGGCCCCCAGGGUAGUGAGAGGGUACUGUCUAUUCCUCUAGUUGGGGGCCCCUCAUUAGAGGGAGGGGGCCCCCCAAUAGGGGUAGAAGGGGCCCCCAAGGAUAGUAAUGAUGAUUUGCUGUCGCUUAUUGCUGCAGCAGGGGGCUUCGGUGCUGCUGCUAAGGGAGAAGACAGCUUCCUUGCUGCUGCUGAAGCAGCAGCAGAAGCAGCUGCAGCAGCUGAAGCAGCUGAAGCAGUUGAAGUAGCAGCAGCAGCAGCAGCACAAGCAGCAGCAGCAGAAGGGGCCCCUCGAUUGCUUGAAUAUCUCUUUAGCCCCAAUCCAUCUGAAGCACUUGCUGCUGCUGAUCCUGCUGAUUUGCUGCUGCUGCAGCAGCAAACUACUGCGGAUUUGCUGCUGCGCCAUGCAGUAAGGGAGCAGCACUCCGAUAAGGAGACCUUCAAGGUGCUUCAGUUUAUUCUCUUGCAGCAGCAGCAGCAGCAGCAGCAACAGCAGCAGCAGCAACAGCAGCAGGAGGGAGGUAUAAAGAUACCCCGUGCUGCUGUUGAUCAGCAGCUUCUGGAGCUGCUGCUGCUCCCACAGCAGCAGCAGCAGCAGCAGCAGCAACAGCAGCAGGUCCCAGUGGAGUGUCUCUGCGGCCUACCUGUCUCUGACGGGGUUUUCUCUUGCAGCAGCAACAGCAGCAGCAGCAGCAGCAGCAGCAGCAACGGCAGCAGCAGCAGCAGCAACAGCAGCAGCAGGAGGGGAUGCUGUUGCAUAAAGGUGUCUUUGUCUGUACAUGCACUGGCGCAUGCAUUAUUUUGCUGCUGCUUACAGGGCAAGCUGCGAUGUUUGCUGCUGCUUGAAGGUGCAUGCAGCAUUAAAACAAUUGAUAGUUUGCUGCUGAAGCAAGGCCGAGGCUCUCUUAUGCAUGCAGCAGCAAUGGGGGGGUCAAGAGCUAUUCUACAGCGCCUUCAUAUCCAGCAUGGUCUAUCCCCUAGAGGACCCAUUGGUACCGCUAACUAUAACGAGCCUCUUCAUUUGGCUGCAGCAUGCGGAAGAGUUUGUUGUGUUUUAUAUUUAAUAGAGUUAGGAGUACCUUUAGAAGCAAAAGAUCGGUAUCAAAGAACUGCUGCUUUUCAUGCAGCAGCAGGAGGUCAUCUAGGCCUUCUUAAAACCCUUGCAGCUCUUAACGCAAACCUUACGGUUCGCGAUGCUGACGGCAUAUCUUUGUUAGAAGAGGCUGCGAGCAAACGACGAAUAAACGAUGGCAGAGACAGAGAAGGAGUGCUGCGUUUCUUAGAAGAAGCUACACAGGUUAUAUCAAGACCUGCGUCUACAGGUUCAGGGCUUACGGCUUUCUUUCUUCUUUUAAAUUAA